AUGCGAUCACUUGCAAACGAAUUCCAAAUCCGUGCUGGUUCAUCGUACAGCGAGAAAGGUGGACAAUUAUACCCAGUCGGUGAAAUACUUUGGCAUCCAAGCUUUGAUUACGGCAACAUGGACAAUGACAUUGCCAUUCUUUGGUUGCCCAAACCAUUGGUGUUCAGCGACAAAAUAAGACCAGUACAAUUAAUGGGAAGAGGUGAAGAAAUAAAUGAUGGUGAUGAUACGAUUGUGACUGGAUGGGGUAACCUUUAUAGAGUGACCGUCCAGAAAAUCAACAACGAGAUAUGUAACGAUGCUUACAAGCCGUUGUAUGCUAUUACUAAUUAUAUGCUCUGCGCUGGGGCACUUGGUGGUGGAAAGGAUGCAUGCCAGGGUGACAGCGGCGGACCCCUGGUUCAUAACAACAAGUUAGCUGGCGUCGUGUCCUGGGGUCUAGGAUGUGCACGACCGGAAUAUCCAGGAGUCUACUCCAAAGUCUCAGCUUUAAGGAGCUGGCUUGAUGAUAAUAUUUAUCAGCUUAGGUGGAAACACAUCUGGAGAAGCAUUUAG